GUGCAUGCUCAGGAGUGUGAGGACAGAGUCAAUCAGGACAGUCCUUGUCUUGCUCUUGGAUAUACCCACCCCAGCCCCUUCUCUGAGCCAACAGAGGUCCCAAAGGCAGGAGGUGCUCAUCCCCUGGGCUGCUCACCCAGCUUCCCAUUUGCCUCCCCUCAGGCCUCUUUCCAUUUACAGUGUUUUUUUGCAGGUCAUCCACCAGGGGGCAGGAUGGAAAAUGCCCCUCCUCCUUGUACUGUGCCUGCUACAAGGUUCUUCUUUGGCCCCUUCACACAGAGGACCCCAUCUCAGAUGGCUGCAGGACAACUUUCUCCCCUCUGGCACCCACCUCUGCAUCAUGGAAACAUUCUUGUCUUCCUCACCCCUCUGCUGGCAGGAGGAGAGUUCCUUGGCAGCUGCAAAUACAUUGAAGGGCCCGAAGCUGGUAGCUGGGAAACCUGGGGGAGCUGUCACCAUCCAGUGCCAUUACACCCCCUCGUCAGCCAACAGGCACCAGAGGAAGUACUGGUGCCGUCUGCAGCUGCCAACGAGGAUCUGCCACACAAUUGUGUCCAGCAACCACUACACUCACCGUGACUACCAGGGUCGUGUGACUCUAGCAGACUUCCCACAGAGCAGCUUGUUUGUGGUGAGGCUGUCCCAACUGUCCCUGCAUGAUGUGGGACAGUACCGUUGUGGCAUUGGAGACGGAAACAACAGGCUGUUCUUGAACAUGAAUCUGACGGUCUCUGCAGGUCCUUCGGAAACCAUCCCCACAGCCACUUCAGCUGCUGGUGAGCUAGUCACGACAUCCUUUGAGACAGGAUCUCCAGCAUCCAACAGAUGGACCCCAGGAGCCACCCAUACUCUAGGACAGGGGACAGAAUGGGACAGAGUUACUUCAACUUCCGGAACCAGCAAAAUCACAGCUCCAGCAAAGGGAAGACAAACCCCUGCUACAGCCUGGGAAGAAGCUCUGGAGACAGGCAGUGGGGCAGAGGGGUCCAUCAAGGCAACAGUCCCUGCUCCAGAGAGUCCAGCUUCAAAACCCAGAAGUGUGUUCAAAACAACAGAAAGUGUUCAGGAGUGGGGCACCUAUAGCUUAGUCACGAACACACCUAGGGCCAGCGAGAGUGGGAAGGAGAGGACUACUGAGGCUGAUAGGGCAGGGCAGGAAACAGACAGGGUCAGGAUGGAGCCAGAUGCAGCCAGGAGAACCACAGGAACCAUGAAGCCAUCAGCCCCAGUCUCAGAACAGCUGGCCCAGGAAACCCUCCGAGAAGCAACACCUGUUUCUAGGCAACAAGCCCUGGGCUCCACUGAAGGAGCAACCCCACCUACAGGCAUGUGGACCUUGGACACCACGAGCACAGAGGCAGCACCUGUGGAAGGAAGCACUUAUGGAGACCUACACAGCACUGUGGGAUACAGGGGUCCCCAAGCAAUGCCAAGUCAGACUCCAGCAACGGGUCCCCAAGCAACACCAACAACGCCAAGUCAGACCCCUGCAACAGGUCCCCAAGCAACAUCAAGUCAGGCUCCAGCAACAGGCCCCCUAAAGCCCCCUGGCAUGGAGUCCUCCAUGAAGAGUGCUUUUCCAGAGGUGGAGAGCAGCUUUCAGAUCCUGACUCCAGUCUGCACUGUGCUAGCCCCAUUUCUGAUUGUGGCUCUGGUCCUAUUGCAAAGGAAGCUCCAAGGAAAUGGACCAUCUCAGGAGGCAGAAAAAACACCCAGGGUCACCCUGAUUCAGAUGACACAUUUCCUGGAGUCAACCCUUUCACCAGCUCAUCUGCCUCAUGAGGAGAGAAAGACACUGCAGGGUGACUCUCCUACCCAAGCAGAUCCGACGGCCCCAGAAAGGGACCCAGGACUCUCAGGAAUGGAAAAAUAA